AUGUUCAGCUGGGGGCUAGCGACAGUGUCACGGGUUUCGUGUCGAACCAAACAGUUAUUUUGGAAAAGAUGGAAUAGUGCCUUGUUGCAAGGAGACCUUCAAAAGAUUGCUGAAUCCAAAAAUUUGGAGAAAUUAGAUCAGAAACAAGAUAUCAGCGAGGAUCAAUUGUCGGUUCUACGUCAGAGAGAAUUCAAUCAUCAAGUAGUGGAGUCAUUGAGAAAGCUUAGCAGGACGCCAAUUGAUGAAUUGGGGGGUUUGAACGAAGCUCUCAAUAUUCCUCUGACAGAGAAAGAACAGCAGCUGGAUGAACAAUUGACCCUGUUUUUGAAACAGUUUUCCCAGGAAAACAAGGUAAUAGAGGGGAAAACUGAUGAUAUUACGACAAAGCCAUUUUCGCUAGGGCGCGGCAAACUGUCUUUUCCCUACUUGGUGCCCACACCGAGAAAUAAGCCAUAUUCUCGGCAAGAACUCUUUCUACGGCAAAUGAAGCAUGCUCAAAGAACGGCAAAAUUGGGAGCAGACAUCAAGGAUGUUUAUUUCCCUCACAACGACUUGUUUAAACCAACCACUGUCAACAAGUUAUCAAUAUCGAAGCUAGCAAGUGCUGGUGUUCACCUGGGACAAUCAACGUCUCUGUGGAGACCCUCGACCCAGCCUUUCAUUUAUGGGGAGUAUAAGGGAAUUCACAUCAUCGAUCUAAACAAAACUUUAUCGCAUUUGAAACGAGCAGCGAAGGUCGUGGAGGGAGUCGCCGAGAGAGGCGGCAUAAUUUUGUUUUUAGGGACAAGAGAGGGCCAGAAGAGACCUUUACAACUUGCUGCUCAAAGAGUCAAUGGCUAUUAUGUGUCAACCAGAUGGAUUCCAGGUACAUUAACAAACCCCACUGAGAUCUCCAGCGUUUGGGAAAGACACGAAGUGGAUUGUGCUGGAAACCCGACCGGAAGACCGUUGACUCCUGAAGAAGAGAGAGGUAUUGUCAAACCUGAUCUUCUUGUUGUGUUGAACCCAACAGAAAACAGAAUUGCGUUAAGAGAAGCAAUGCAAGCCAGAGUGCCAACUAUCGCAAUUAUAGACACAGACUCUGAGCCCUCGCUAGUCUCAUAUCCUAUCCCUGGUAACGACGACUCAACGCGAUCCGUCAGCUUGAUUUUGAGUGUUUUGGCUAAAGCUGGCGAGCUUGGGUUGAAGUCGGCCCUCGCAGGAACAAAAGGCAAUUGA